GCUGCCUAAAACAGGUACUUGGAUACUCCGAUAUCUUUAAGUUGAUAGCUGUGCGACAACGACGUUUGCAGUUUGCAGCUUCUACGGCAAAGAACAACAAUCAACCCCGCCGUACCGCUACUGCAGAAUCUGAAGAAAAACAAUCACAGCCACCGCAGCUGCCACUAUUUACUUGGGGUAAACUUAAUAUACAUAAUAUUCUCAACCGACCUCAUUCUCCACAGGCUGGCCCCGUAGUUCCCAUUUUUCACCCCAUACACUACCUACUCUCUGCCUUGCUAACCCUCUUAACCUUCGCGUACGUCAUAAGCCAUGUCUACGCACGGAAGCUAUAUUCCUCCCUUUCGCCGUGGAGAUUCACAGGCAACCGGCGUUACACCUGAUACGUCGGAGUCAUCUACCCUCCCUCCCAACCACUCAUCGUCGCAUCAACCUUACAAUAACGAAGGCAGUAGAGGUGAUAUGAGUGGUCGAGGAUUCCGCGGAGGACGAGAUCGUGGGGGACGCGGCCGUGGCCGUGGUCGCGGAAGAGGUACCUAUAGCAACCCGUUUUCCCCAGGUCACAACCAACAGCACCAAGGCCAAUUCGACGAUGCCGACUUCUACGAUCAACGCGCAAUUGCGAAGUAUUUCGGUGGUGAGGAGGGACUUGAAGCCCUUCCAAACUAUAACUCAAGCACCUUCCACAACUCUAAGGAGCAUCCAGACCAGUUGUCUUACAUGCUGCUCUUCACCAACGCUAACCCCCGCUGGCCUGGUGACCGUAUCGUAUUUGCUAAAUCUAAGCUUACUUUGUUACCCGAGUACAGCUCAAAGAAGGCGGAGUACGGGGAGUGGCCAAUCCCCAAGCAGCCUGAGGAGUCCCAAGAUAUCCACGCAACUACGGAUAAGAUUCCUACGGAAGAGGCAUCUCAGUCUACUACUCAGGACAACGAAGCUGGCCACGUUACGGCUGCUAUUGAAUCAUUAUCCGUCACCGACGAGGAGACAACAAGGGCUACUACGUCCUCGGAUGCAAGCCAGACAGAUGAGGUACCUGUUACGGAAACAUCGUCUAGUUCGAGCAGCCGCAUGAAGUUCAGCGACGUUCGUAACCUACCGCCUGAGGAACAAGAGCGUAUAGUGGAGGAGCAGAAGCAACAACGCCGCCUAAAGCUUCACCAGCGACAGGUACCUGGCUUUCCCACCAUCCCACCUAUCGAUUACGUCCCGUCUGUGCACGCGCCUGUUGCCGUGUUUGAAGAGCGUCGCUCCUACGACUACGGCCGCGGCGCGCGAUUCGUUUUCUCAGGUUGGUACCGUAUUGCGCGCGUCAACGUGCUAGCGCCGCACUCGGCAGAGCUCGUACGCAUGCAGGAGCAAAAGUGGGAGCGUCGCGACCGCUAUGGCAACGUUAUCCCCAGCAAGUCUCGUGACGUCUCGGCGUGGAAUGCAUCACUUAAAAUAGAGUGGGCAGUCGUUAAGUUUGAGAAGAUUGGCGACGAGGAGGCGCCUGCUACCCCUGCUAUUGAGAAGUUACCCAAACCUGGACUUGAAAACGCUGCUGAGGCGGCUGGUGGACGUAAAGGCGAGAGUGAGGGCAAGGUGGAUAAAGACUUAAAGGAAAAUGUGAGAGCGAAAGAAGAUACGGGCGGAAAGAUGGAUGUGGCAUCCGUCGCCGCAGGUGGGAGUGAAAAGGAACUGCCCGCGGAGAAUGUCUACGCAAAAGAAUCAGACAAGCAGCCGGAAGUGGUCAAGGCAGGGACCGGCGAAGGAAUUCAAAAUGGGAUUUAGGGUCGGGAAAAGGCUUCUACUUCAACACAGCUAGGUGACACAUAGAGGACUGGAGAACAUAUUCCCUGUUCUUUCGGGGUGUUGCGAGGUAUGAUAUUUCUACGCUUAUCGCAUUUUCUGGCGUUUGCUUAGGCACUGAUACUUUAAAAUAAUGCAUGAUGGCGUUACGACUUGAUUAUGAUUUAAAAUGGCUAGAUACCUGUCUGUUGACACGAUACUAAUUGACAUAUUGUACC